AUGGAUUAUCUAUCGGUACCCGGAACUCCACAACAGCCUCGACGACGUGAUUUGGAUGUACCCCGUAUGUGGAACGAGCUACGUAAGAAGAGUAUAAGCGAGUUGAGUCUAGUAUUCGAUGUAUUCCGUGGACCAAGUCCAUCUACCAGUCAGGUAAUGCACCCAGACAGGGAGCGAGCUUGUCAGUCGACUGGUAAUCUUCAGACUACACCUUCGAAAGGGGGACGUCGUCGGCGGCGGAUGCAGAACACAUGGAAGGCGCUUUCCGCUUCUAAUCUUGCUCGGCAUUAUGUUCUGGUUCAAGAAGAAAAGGCGAUGCAGGCGGUACCUACUGCCCCUAUCGAUGCCAACAAAUUUGUCGCCUAUGUGACCGAGCGACGGAAAAAGCGAAUACUGUUCAAAGGGGAAUAUCUUAUGAUCAAUCGUUCGAUAGACGCAGCGAAAUGUCGAUGUGAUGUGGGAAGUACGCUAACGGAAAGGAAUCCCUAUCCGGAUACCUUACCGUACGACUAUAAUCGGGUCAUCCUUCCACGUUUACCGUGUGACGAGAAUUCCCACUAUGUCAACGCCAGUUACGUCAAUAGUUGGCUGAGAGAAAAAGCCUAUGUGGUAACACAAGCGGUUCGAACUAAACCGAUGAACGUCGAAUUUUGGCGUAUGGUCUGGGAACUUGGUUCGAAUUGCAUCGUGAUGCUGACCAAAGUCUUCGAUUUUAUGCGGGUAAUGUGCCUCCAAUAUUGGCCACUGACACGGUUCACAUUUGGGGAUAUCGAAGUAGAGACGGUCGACACACAUACCUAUGCCCAUUUUGUAAGUAUUUUUUGUCUGCUGGAGGGUACGGUAAUUCGAACGUUUCGAUUGACGAGGAAAAUUGGCGAAAACCAGGAGUCACGAAUUGUUAAACAUUUUCAUUUUACGGAAUGGGAGCUUGAUUCGUUUCCUUACAUCUCAGCAUUCAUCGAACUCCGCCGGCGAGUCCGUCAAUUUACCGAUAAAAACCCCGUCGAUGCACCUAUUAUCGUUCAUUGCAGGUGCGAUUCAUAUGUUUAG